AUGUCGUGGGGAAGGGUUCGGCUGAAAUUCUCGGCUUGUCCGUUGGCCUGGGGAUGUCCUACCAAGGUGAAGUGCUGUUUGAUCCCCAGGUUCUCGCACCAUGCCUUGAAAGGGUUGUCUGCAAACUGCUUUUCAUUGUCCGAGAUGAUGACCCGAGGGAGCCCGAAGCUGUAUUGUAGCUUCCUAAAUGCAAGAGAUUUAGAUGUGCAGCUACUAGUCUUAUCCUUGUCUCGGGGAGAUAUUUGGCUGGUAUUUUUAUCAGCAACUGCCAGAUUGGUGGGUCCUGGUGUAGUGGGAUUAUUUGGAUUGUUACAACCUCUAGCAGAUGGUUUGAAAUUGAUUCUAAAAGAACCUAUUUCACCAAGUAGUGCUAAUUUCUCCCUUUUAAGAAUGGCUCCAGUGACUACAUUUAUGUUAAGUCUGGUCGCUUGGGCCGUUGUACCUUUUGAUUAUGGUAUGGUAUUGUCAGAUCCGAACAUAGGGCUACUUUAUUUGUUUACCAUAUUUUCGCUAGGUGUUUAUGGAAUUAUUAUAGCAGGUUGGUCUAGUAAUUAA